AUGAAACCUGAGCUCGUAUUCAUUCUUCUUGUUUCUUUCAUCUCAACAUGGAAGCUCGACUCCGCAGAAGCAAAGAUCUUUGUGGUUUUGAUGGAGGAUGACCCUGUUGUCAUGAUGUCACUAAGGAAUGAUGAAAAUAUUGCGAUCUACAAGGAGAGAAUGACGAGAGAGCACGAUAUUUUCCUAGACUCGCUUCUAGAGAAAGGGUCAUACAUCAAGCUGUAUAGCUUCACUCAUUUGUUGAAUGGCUUUGCGAUUUACUCUACGGACAAGAAGGUGCUUCACGUGCUGGAGAGCGCGGAAAAAGUUAGAUUGAUCCACGAAGAUACAAAAUUGCAGAAACUUACAACACAUACGCCUGAACUGUUAGGAAUUACUACUGGUGUUUGGCCAUCAUUAGGUGGAUCUAUGCUUGCAGGCGAAGGAGUGGUUAUCGGCCUCAUAGACACAGGAAUCAAUCCUUUCCAUCCAAGCUUUACGAAUGAAGGUUUAAAUGGCCCUGCGUGUUUAUUUACCAAAACUAAGUUCAAAGGGAAAUGUUCGGCUGGUGAGCAAUUCCCACCAUCAGCGUGCAGUUGCAAAUUAGUUGGAGCACAGUAUUUUGCAAGAGCUGCAAUUGCUGCAGGAGAAUUUAAUUCAACUCGUGACUUUGCUUCUCCCUUCGAUGCUGAUGGUCAUGGAAGUCAUACAGCCUCGACAGCAGCUGGAAACCACGGUAUCCCGGUGAUAGCUAAUAACUUCAACUAUGGAUUUGCAAGCGGCAUGGCACCAGGAGCGCAGAUUGCUGUGUAUAAAGCUCUUUAUCCUUUCGGUGGUUACAUGUCUGACGUUGUGGCUGCAGUUGAUCAGGCAGUAGAAGAUGGGGUUGAUGUAUUAAGUCUUUCUAUAGGGCCAGCAAGCGUGCCUUCUGGCCCUUCUGCAUUCUUAAACGUGCUGGAACUGGAACUUUUGUUUGCUACAAAAGCAGGUGUUCUGGUUGUUCAAGCUGCUGGAAAUGGAGGGCCUUCUUCUAGUUCAAUCCUUUCUUUUAGUCCAUGGAUAACCAGUGUUGCGGCCUCGAUAACUGAUCGGAAAUACAAUAAUUCAAUCAGACUGGGGGAUGGCCAAAGCUUAAUUGGAACAGGACUUGCACCUCCAACGGUUGGAGGAGUUUUCUUCCCGGUCGCUGCUGCUGCUGAUGUUUGUCAAAGGAACAUUACAGCAGGUCUCGUAGAGAGCUGCCAGAAUUCAGACGCAUUCAUUCUGACCUUAGUUCGUGGGAGACUAAUCAUCUGCACGUAUACGUUUGACUUUGAAUCUGAGGCAGCAACUAUUGCUACAGUUGCAGACACUAUAAGUAAAAUUGGGGCAGCUGGUUUUAUACUCACCAUGGAUCCCGACAUUGGUUCUGAGAAGAUUAAGGGUGCCACUGUACCCUUACAAGUCCCUGGAGUCAUUCUUAACAAUAUGGAAUCAUCUUCGGCUCUGUGGGAAUAUUACAAUUCGAAUACAAUAAGGAGCAGAAGUGGAAUUGCUAUAGGUUUUCGAGCAACAGCAAGGAUUUUAGAUGGCAGGGAGGCCAUUUAUACCGGGCAGGCUCCAGUCGUGGCAUCAUACUCAUCAAGAGGUCCCGAUGUUAACAAUGCACUUUUAGAAACUGCUGAUGUCCUCAAACCUACCAUCAUGGCUCCAGGCUCCUCAAUAUGGGCUGCCUGGAGUCCUAAUAGUGAAGGAGAUCAAUACAUCAAAGGGCAAAGUUUCGCGUUAUUGUCUGGAACUAGCAUGGCUACACCGCACAUAGCCGGUAUUGCUGCAUUGAUAAAGCAAAAACACCCCGACUGGAGUCCAGCUGCCAUCACUUCAGCAAUGAUGACAACGGCCAAUAUCACAGCUACUUCUGGUGCUCCGAUUCUAGCCCAACAGAAAAACAAGUUAUCUCCUGCCACUCCAUUUGACUUUGGAGCAGGUUCCGUCAAUCCUUCUAAAGCAAUUGAUCCAGGACUCAUAUUCGACAUUCAAUUCAAACACUAUGUACAAUUCUUAUGCACAGUUCCUGGGGUAGACGACAUGUCAGUGAGACGAGCAGUGGGAGUCGGGUGCCCAUCUAAGAGAACGGAGUGGUGUUCGGAUUUGAACACAGCAAGUGUGACAGUUUCGAAUUUGGUGGGAUCAAGGAAAGUUACUAGAAGGGUGACUAAUGUAGGUGAGUUAGUUGAGAAGUACACAGUGCUUGUGAGAGAGCCUUUUGGAGUGAACAUAACUGUGACACCUCAAUCUUUUAAGAUCAGCGUUAAUGCUUCGAGGCACAUUACACUUUUCUUGGUCGCAACUCAGACAACUAAUGCUUACACAUUUGGCGAGAUGGUGUUUGAGGGAAACAACAAUCAUGUAGUUAGAGUUCCUAUAGCAGUCUAUGUAAGCAGCACAUUAGGAUUUUGA